AUGAGAUAUGCACCAGAAUUCAAGAAGUCCCCGUCGCACCUCCUGAAGAAAUUUGCAGUGUGCGACAUUCCUCUGUAUGACAUAUGUGACUACAACGUCACCAGGGAUCGCUGCAAGGAACUCGGGUGCUGCUUCUACAAAGGCGUCUGCUAUGAGAAAGCUGUUCCCAUUUAUGUGCAGGUGUUUUCUGCCUUGGUCGUGGUCAUCGCCGGGGCCUUCGUCAUCACCGUGAUCUGCAGAGUUGUCCAAGAGAGGUGGAGGGAAAAGGAAGUCCCUACGGAAAUACCUGUGUCAUCCAAGCCCAGCACUAAAGUUGAGACGGUGGUCCCCGCUGAGCAGCCGGCGUCGAAGGCUUCAAGCACAGACCCGACACACAAGAGCUGGGACACCAGCGGGGAGUAUGCAGCCGUCUUCCCGCCGGCCCACGCACUGGCCAGGGCGGGAGGCGAGCUCACCCGCUCCUGUGGGGAUCUGCUCGGGCGCCCACUGGGGGCCAGCGGAACCCUCAUCACACUAGCAGAAGUUCUGAGUGUUGAUGAAGGCCAGCGUCACUCACUGCCUUCACGGACCACGCCUUUGGUGUGGUACGUGAAAAGGUUCCGCCAGGGGAAGCCCCUGCGAGCUGGCUCCAGCCCUGCGUCUCUCUGGUUCCGUGAGAUCGUCCCUGCGCCCUGA